AUGAUCGCUCUACAUGAUCUAGAUUUAUCUGGAGGAUUCUCGUGCAGAAGACGGCCACCAAGAGACAUCCGUGAUCGGACCUUCAGGAAUAGUUAUCCAUUACGUGAGGUGAUAUCCAGGAGGUCUGAUCACGAACGCUUCCGACCAGCAGUGCGCACCAGUGGGAACCAAACUGAAAACAUAUGGAACAGAAGAGCUGGACCAUUCCGAAUCCUUCCUAGUGUACGAAGGCCAUGGAUGUCAAACAUAGCAAAUGCCCAACCAUUAAGCUCUCACGCGCAUAAAGUUGGCGAGGUUAUACACCAUCAUAAGCACGAAGGUCACGUGGACCACGUGCACAAACAUGAAGGGCAUGCUUCACACAAGCACGCGCAUAAUGGAGAGAGCAAGCACAAACAUGAACAUCACGGUCACGGGAAACAUAGUCAUUUGCACCAUGGUGAAGGCGAGCACAGUCAUAAACAUCACGGUCAUUCAGCUCACGAUCAUAAACAUCACGGCCAUUCUGAGCAUUCCCACAAACACUCUGGACAAGCCAAGCACAGUCACGAUCACCAUGGUAAAAGUGAGCAUAAGCAUGAGCAUCACGGAAAGGCGGCACACUCACAUAAGCAUCAUGGGCAAUCAGACCACAAGCAUUCUCAUCACGGGCAUUCCGAGCAUCAUCACAAACACCACGGUCAAGCAGAGCAUAAGCAUAAACAUCUUGGUGAAGGAAGCCACAAGCAUCAACACCACGGAGUUGCUGAGCAUAAACACAAACACGAAGGUCACGGAGAGCACCAACACAAACAUCAAGGCCAUUCAGAUCACAGUCACAAACAUGAAGGCCAUUCGGAACAUCACCAUAAACAUUUAGGACACAGUGACCACUCACACAAACAUGAAGGUCAUAAUCAACAUCAUCAUAAACAUACUGGUCACAGCGAGCAUGACCACAAACACCACGGUCAUGCAGAGCAUCAACACAAGCACCACGGUGAACAGAAACAUGCUCAUAAACACCAAGGCCAAAACUCUCAUCAGCACAAGCACCAUGCUCAUUCAGAGCACACUCAUAAACAUCAAGGACGAGCCGAGCAUGGGCACAAUCAUCAUGGUAAUGCUAAACAUGCACAUAAUCAUCAUGGUCACGGUGAACAUCAGCAUAAACACCAUGGGGAGGCAAUGCACGGCCAUAAACACGAAGGUCAUGGUAACCACGGUCACAAACACCAAGGGCACGCUGAGCAUUCUCACAAACAUCAUGGACAUUCAGAACACGCACAUAAACAUCAUGGACACUCUCAACACCAACACAAACAUCACGGAGAAGGAAAACACACCCACACUCAUCACGGUCACGGUCAGCACUCACACAACCAUCAUUUACAUGCUGAGCACGGACACAAACAUGAAGGUCAUGGCAGUCAUGACCACAAACAUCAUGGGAUUGGCGAUCAUACCCAUAAACAUAGUGGUCACGGACAACAUGGUCACAAGCAUCAGGGCAACAUAGUCAUAAACAUCAAGGACAUUCUGAUCACCACCAUAAGCAUAUUGGUCAUGGAUCUCAUACCCACAAUCAUCAAGGCCAGCAUGGUCAUGAACACAAACACCAUGCCGAGGGACAUCAUUCUCAUAAACACCAUGGCCACACUGGUCACGACCAUAAGCAUCAUGGUCAUUCAGAACAUAGCCAUAAGCAUACCGGUAGUGGUCACCAUUCCCACAAACACAGUGGCCAUACUAAGCAUAAACAUAAGCAUGGAACUAAUCCUGGAGGACAAGAUGAUGAUACAGAAUUCUUCGAAACUCAAGUUCAGUCUGUAA